AAAUAUGGUUCAAUGUUAAAGAAAGCGAUGUCCUGAUUAGAAUCUCGAUUCUUGUAAUUAUUACAAUGGUGUUGAUAAAAGUAGUGAAAUUAAAACUUUAGAUGUCAAUUUCUAAUAAAUGCUUUUUGAAAUUAAAUUAAAGUUUGUCCACUACAUGCAGUUACCUGAGCAAUUAAUUAUUCAAUAGAGAUUUAUCUCCAGCCAAAAUGUCGGGAGGUGCGACUGGGCCGCUGCUCUACGCCGUCUGUGCGGCUGUACUCGGCAUGCUACAAUUUGGCUUUAACUCCGGUGUCAUCAAUGCCCCACGUGCCUUUAUAGAGAAAUUCAUCAAUGAAAAUUAUGAUGUCAACUCUGAUACCAUAUUCAGUGUAAUUGUUAGUAUAUUCGCCGUCGGAGGUAUGAUUGGAUGCCCAUUAGCAAGCUGGGUUGCUGAUAAACGUGGCAGGAAGUUUGCUUUACUCAUCAACGCGGCGUUUGGUGUAGUAGGAGCGCUCCUAAUGGGAUUAAGUAAGACGUCCACGUCGCUGGCAAUGCUUAUCAUAGGCAGAUUUUUUAUUGGUAUAAAUUGUGGAUUUGCUACAACGGCUUCACCGACGUAUGUAUCAGAAAUGGCUCCAGUACGUUUACGUGGGGCUUUUGGUACUGUUAACCAGUUGGCCGUCGCGUUUGGCAUGGUUGUAGGACAAAUUCUUGGUAUCGAUGUUAUUUUAGGCAGCGAUGAAGGUUGGCCGUGGCUUCUUGGACUGGCUACCGUACCUUCGGCUAUGCAGUUUAUUAUGUUACCGUUUGCACCAGAAACCCCGCGAUAUCUAUUGCUAUCUCAACGAGAUGAGGAACAAGCAAGGAGUGUUCUUGCCAAGAUUAGAGGAACCGAUGAAAUUGACGAUGAAAUAAAAGAUAUGAAUGACGAAGAUCAUGCGAUGAAACAGGAGCAAAAGUUUACAAUUGGUGAUUUGUUGCGUAUUGAGUCUUUGAGGACGCCUUUAAUCAUUGGUAUUGUGAUGCACUUAUCGCAACAGUUAGGUGGAAUCAAUGCCGUUUUGUAUUUCUCAACAACGAUAUUUAUUAAAACUGGCUUGACUGAAGGCGAUGCCCGUUUGGCAUCUAUUGGGGUUGGUAGCAUGCUGUUUGUCAUGGCUUUGGUUUCAAUACCCUUAAUGGAUCGUCUGGGAAGAAGAAGUUUGCAGUUGGCUGGUCUGGGCGGUAUGGCAGUCUUCUCUGUGCUUAUGACUAUAGCAUUCUUUACAUACGAAAACAACAGAACAAUGAGUAUUUUUGCUGUGAUAUUUACCCUUAUGUACGUCGCGUUCUUUGGUGUUGGUCCUAGUUCCAUUCCUUGGAUGAUACUGUCAGAAUUGUUUGGUCAGGGUGCUCGAAGUGCUGCGGUUAGUGUAGGGGCUCUAGUUAAUUGGUUAGCAAACUUCAUAGUCGGUUUGACAUUCCUUUCCUUGUCUAACCUACUAGGCAAUUAUGUAUUUGUACCGUUUACUGUGCUGUUGAUAUUGUUCUACGUGUUUACAUACUUCAAAUUACCUGAGACGAAGAACCGAACAAUAGAGGAAGUGACAGCGUUGUUUAAGAAAUAGUCUCGGUAGGAUUUUGAAGCGGCCUUAAGACCACUUCUAAAGCACAAAACAGCUGCCAGAAAAUGAUUAGUGAAAUCAAAACGCCCUCGAAGUGGCCAUUCAGGCUGAACGACUUGCAUCACAUUCCAUUAGUGUUAAGCUCGCAAUAAGUUAAAGAACUAAUUGUGAUAGUUACUGUAUUAUUCUAUAUUGGAAACAUUUUUAAUACCCAGUUUCUUGUAGUCGUUGGACUUGUAGGAAGACUGAACUUUACUUAUCUUUAUAUUUAUUGAAGUACUUAUUCGGAUACUGGAAAUGUCUAUUGGGCUACGCACGUAAUGUUGUUUUUCGCUUAGAACCUUGGUGUUCACGCACUAUUCACAUUAUAAAUUCAACAAAAUUGCUAAUCCAGUCACGAUUAUGUAUUAUUGUUAUUAUUUAUAUCAGUGAGUCAUGUAUUGAGACAAUUGUAUAUUCAUCGAUAUACGUUUGCAAAAUUGUAAAAAAUACCAUUGUGAUAUAGAAUUUAUAUUUACCCGUAAGUCCAUACGUAAAAACGUCUUAAUUAUCCCAAGUGUGGAGUUAGGUUCUAAGCGCCAGCAAGCCAUUACCUCCUGUAGCGUGAAGGUAUAUUUCGUUCAAUCUUGCCGGAAUUUGUUUGGGUGUAGAGGACCAAUGUUUUGAUUGUUAUUAUUUAAGAGCACAAUUUUUGAUUUUUUACACUUUGUAUAGAUUUUUAUUAUGUUACAAUCACAGUGCCUUAGCUUAGUUUGUUGAUUUCAUAUUAAAUUUAAAACUGCUGUUAAGUUUAAGCAUUUUAUAUAGAAAUACUCCAAAGCCGGGAUUUUUAUUUAUGUAUUUCUGUAUUUGGAGUACUCGAACCUAGGCUCGAAUUUUGAGUUAUAUCCGAGCUCGUUUACCGCAUAAUUUAGAAUGUAUUUUGGGGUUCCGUUUAACAUAAAUGAAACUGAUCAACUAAAUAUAUUUUCUUUUAUACAAAUAUACUUUAUACAAUUA